CCGGCGGGGCCGGAAAGCGCUGCCCGCAUGGCCGCGGGCGGCGGCAGGAAUGCGCCGGUGUACGGAGGAGAGCACGGCUACCGGGCCCCGCAGCACGACGGCAUGAGGAGGGAUGGAGGCGGGGAGCCGUGCUGGUCCAGACCCGAGUGCCGCGUGUGGACGGUGAUGCUGCUGCUGGGGACGUGCCUGCUGUACUGCGCCCGCGUCACCGUGCCCAUCUGCGCCGUCGCCCUGAGCGCGCACUUCGGCUGGGACAAGAAGCAGUCAGGAGUCGUGCUCAGCAGCUUCUUCUGGGGCUACUGCUUGACGCAGGUCGUCGGAGGACACAUCAGUGAUCAAAUAGGGGGUGAGAAAGUCCUCCUCCUCUCAGCAUCAGCAUGGGGCUUCCUGACAUUCAUCACCCCACUGCUCACCCAGAUCACGUCUGCACACCUCGUCUUCAUGACCUGCUCCAGGUUCCUCAUGGGGCUGCUGCAAGGGACCUUUAAUGCCCAUCUGGUCCAACGCCCUGCAAUGAGCAGAGACACCCACAGCUCCAUCCAUGCUCAGAGCCCCUCCAGCCUGACUUUGGGUGUCUCCAGUGAUGCGAUGGGACACCACCACCUCUCUGGGCAACCUGUGCCAGUGCUUCACUGCCCUCAUUGGGUCUACUUCCCAUCCCUGGCCAGCCUGCUGUCUCAGAGGGUCCGGGAGAGUGAGCGAGCCUUCACGUACAGCACAGUGGGGACCGGCUCACAGUUCGGGACGCUGGUGAUCGGAGCUGCAGGAUCUCUGCUGCUGGACUGGUACGGCUGGGAGAGCGUUUUCUACUUCUCUGGUUUGCUCACUUUGCUCUGGGUUUACUGCACCUGCAAGUACCUGCUGACAGAGAAAGAUCUCAUCAUCCCCAUAGACUAUUUAAUGAGAAGCAUCUCAAUCUCGAAGCAGAGCAAAGUGCCUUGGAAGCAGCUGUUUAAGAAGGCACCGAUAUGGGCUGUCAUCGUCGCACAGCUGUGCACAGCCAGCACGUUUUUCACCCUCCUCUCCUGGCUGCCGACUUUCUUUAAGGAAACGUUCCCCGAGUCCAAGGGCUGGGUGUUCAAUGUUGUUCCCUGGCUGGUUGCAAUUCCAACAAGCUUGUUCAGUGGAUUUCUGUCCGAUCAUUUAAUUAAUCAGGGGUACAAAACCAUCACCGUUCGUAAGUUCAUGCAGGUCAUUGGCUCUGGAGUCUCAAGCAUGUUUGCCCUGUGCCUGGGUCAGACAUCUAGUUUUUGCAAUGCUGUCGUGUUCGCCUCAGCCUCUGUUGGGCUUCAGACCUUUAACCACAGUGGCAUUUCAGUGAACGUGCAAGACCUGGCCCCAUCCUGUGCUGGCUUGUUGUUUGGUGUUGGAAAUACAGGCGGGGCUCUGCUAGGUGUGGUUUGCGUGUACCUGGCUGGAUAUCUGAUGGAAACAACGGGCUCCUGGAUUUCUGUUUUCAACCUGGUGGCUGCUGUCAACAGUGUUGGUCUCUGUGCGUUCCUGGUGUUUGGAGAGGCCCAGAGGGUGGACACAGACUCUGCCUACAUUGACAUGUAGCAAUGAGUCUGAGGAGCAGUGGAAGGAGUGGGGUGUGUCACGUCUGUGUGCCACUGAUGCACAAGUGCCAAAGAACAUUAUUGUUUUGUGGGUGUUUUAAUGGGACGUAAAUGACUGGGACCAUGUGUGCAGUGGGUCUGAAUGAAACCCACAGCAGAAGAGAAAGGUAGAGUUCCUGUUUUGCUCAGGGCAUGGCUGGUGGUUGGUGAGGCCAUCCAGUUCAAAGUCUACACGUGAGAAUGUGGCCUUGGUUUGCCCCUGUCCCUUUCAGGGGCCAUAUAUGCUGGUGGCUGUCCUGCUGGACGGGGCUGCAGUUUGCACUCUCAGCUUACAGAGUGCAGAGCAUGGGAACGGCUGCGCUUGGCCGCCCUGUGACUGCGUGGGGUAUUUCCAACGCGUGGCUUUUUGUCUGGACUGAAAGCAAAAUCCAAAAGAAUGCACCUCUGACCUUAACCGCUCCUCGCGUGCCUUUGUUUUGCAAUCUGCUCUGCAGGUCCAACCCAGGUGCACAUGUGAAAAGGUUGUGAGAUGGAUUCAAGGCUUCCUUCAGGGCAAGUGAGGAUCUCUAGCUGGGAGCCCUGGGCAGGACAUCCCAUCCACACUGCCUUCACCACGCUCGUGCUGAGACCUCAAAGCUCAAACCCUUCACUGGGGGGGACGUGGAGCUGUGCUCCCUCGUAGUGCAGGGACAGCUGAGGAAUCCUCCAAAGUCAUUUCACUGUAUGCUGUGAAUGUAUGUGAAGAACUGGUCACGUGCAGUGCUAUGGAUCUGUGCUCCCUGCUCUGUCAGAGGUGUCCUCCGUGUGCUCUUGAAGCACUGGGGGCAAUCCCAAAGAGCACACAGUGGGCAUGGAGUCUGCAUGAGGUGUAAAGCCAAUUCCUACAUUGGGGACCCAUAGUGCUGGAUGUGGAUCCACAUUGUUCCCUGUGUCAGGGGGAAAUACUUGGCUGUUCAAGUCUCUGAGCCUGAAUGUCUGAAGUUAUUUAUAAAUAUUUUUAAAUUUAAGUACCAAAUUCUAUAUUUUAUGUACUGGAGGCCUGAUUCUGCAUGCCUGUUUUCUGUGGUACUCCCAGCAAAGCCCAUGGGAUUUCUAAAGGGGAAGGAUUUAGCAGCCUACAGCUUCUGCUUUUGUAGGAUCUAUGUUUUGUGUGACAUUUCACGUUAAAGGAAGUCACUGCUCUGUCUCUCACCCUUCUCUCACAGCUCACCCAGCACUUCAGUGAGUUAACUGCAUUAUCUGCCUCUGUAAACUGGCCAGAAAGUUACAGAUCUAAGGCCAGGUUCCACCUUCAGGUAUCCUCAGCAAAGCAUUGAGCCCCCUUUUCCACAGCUGUACAAUUAUUAGUUUAAGUAGCAUUGCCAAAGCUUGCUAUCAGAGAUUGUGUUAUGGAAGGACCUACAAAAUAAAGGCAGCAAAUUGUUUCA